AUGACCUCACAGGCUGCAACCUCGCAUCUCCGCAAAACCUCCCAACCACGACCAACUCCCGCUCGAUGGCGCAGACAGAGCGGACAUGGCGCUGACCUCGGUGCGUACAGCAGUGAUUUGGCCCUUGACAGGCUGCCGGAAGCUAACAGCAGCUGUUUCUCUCGUUUAGUGGAAGACCUUCGACUUUUUCGACGUCUCGCAGGUGGACUUCGUCGACAGCGAAGGCAGCUCCGUCUUCACCAUAACCUCUUCGUCGGCACUACCAACGGCACCGUUCACAUCCUCUCCCGGCAAUACAAAGUCGUCCGCUCAUUUCGGGCAUACGAUGGCGCCUCAGUCACGCAUAUGAGACAGGUCCCCUCGACCUCUUACCUGGUCACAAUAAGCGAGGAUCUAUCCAACGAGCCCGUCCUGAAGAUAUCUGCAUUGGCAGUCCUCGAUGACCUCUGGCAAGUUGCUGUCGGCUUUGCCAAUGGCUCCGUCACGCUAAUCAGAGGCGACCUCAUACACGACCGCGGAGCCGAACAACGCAUAGUAUUCGAAUCAGAAGAACCCAUUACGGGGCUCGAAAUACAGCGAUCCGGUCCCGCGACUCUGUUCAUCGCUACCACCAGCCGUAUACUCUCACUGGUCAUCGGAGGAAAAGGAGAUGGAAAGCCAGCGCGCGCCCUCGAAGACCUGGGAUGCGGAGUUGGUUGCAUGACUUUCGACCAGGAUACCGGUGACAUUCUCGUGGCUAGGGAAGACGCAAUAUAUACAUAUGGCCGUAGGGGACGGGGGCCAAGCUUUGCCUUUGACAGCCCCAAAACCUCAGUCAACGUUUUCAAAGACUAUAUUGCCCUGGUUUGCCCGCCUAGAGCUGCCCUGUCAAGGACAGAAACCGUCAGCAGAUUUGGGACCAGCCAAGUUGAUGACAUCUUCAAUACUUCCACCUUCACUCUCCUGGAGUCGGACCUAAGAUUUAUCGCACAUUCCGAGUCUCUUUCAAAUAGUGUGAAAUUUAUCUUUAUGGAAUGGGGUGAUUUGUUUAUCGUCACCGUUGACGGCAAGGUGAAUCGGUAUCAUGAAAAGCCACUCCAGCAAAAACUUGAAAUAUUGUACCAGAGGAAUCUAUAUAUAUUGGCAAUUAACCUGGCGCAAAAGUCGGGUGUUGACAGACUACAACAAAAUGUCAUCUUUAGAAAGUAUGGCGAUUUCUUGUACCAAAAGGGGGAUUAUGAUACCGCCAUGCAGCAGUAUCUGCGAGCCAUUGACAAUACUGAGCCCUCCCAUGUUAUUCGAAAGUUCCUUGACACUCAACGAAUCCAUAACCUGAUUGACUACCUGGAAGAAUUACAUGAUCACGACAAGGCAACGGCCGAUCACACGACAUUACUCUUAAACUGCUAUGCCAAGCUAAAGGAUACUGAAAAGCUGGACUCUUUCAUUAUGGCACCAGGAGAAUUGAAAUUUGACCUAGAAACCGCUAUAGCCAUGUGCCGCCAGGGUGGUUAUUUUGAACAAGCAGCAUACCUGGCUACCAAACAUGGCGAAAGUGACAUGGUGGUUGACAUCCUGAUCGAAGACUCGAAGAAAUAUUCUGAAGCCCUUAAUUAUACUUGGAGUCUUGAGCCAGAGCUUGCCUAUCCAAAUUUGAUGAAAUAUGCCCGUGUAUUGCUUGAGCAUUGUCCGGAAUCAACAACACAGCUCUUUAUUGACUAUUACUCCGGGAGGUACAAACCUCGAAAGGAGGAAGAACAAUCCCCUGAAGUCAAACCACAAGCCACUGGUGGCGCUGUUCAGAAUAUUGCAUCAUUCAUCCCUCUGCCAUACAUAGGAGGCUCUAAACAAGACAAUAAACAAAGCAAUGGGGCCAAUCCUCAAGCAACGGCAGAACCCGAAGAUACAAAUGAAGAAUCUUCGACGAAUUACGAGAUUCCAAAACCCAGAACUGCCUUUUCCUCCUUCGUCGAUCAUCCUGAUCAAUUCAUUACCUUUCUGGAGAAACUUCUUGAACUAGAUGGGUUGAAGGAAGAGGACAAGGUUGAUCUGUACACUACCUUGUUUGAGAUGUACCUGGAUACGGCAAACCGCAAGAAGUCAUCUUCAGAGAAGCAAGAAUGGGAAUCAAAAGCCAAAAGCUUGAUACAGGGGAAAAACAUUCCCGUAUCUGCGUCAAAUGUUCUGCUUCUAUCGGACCUGUCAAAUUUCCAUGAAGGAAAAACCCUGGUCCGCGAAAAGGAAGGUCUUAGAGCAGAUAUUCUGCGAUCAUAUAUAUCAGCCAAGGAUACCCAAGGCGUGAUAAAGGCUCUCAAGAAAUACGGACAGGAAGAGCCACAGCUAUAUAUCGAUGCUUUGACAUACUUUGCAUCUAGUCCAAAAAUCCUCGAAGAAGCAGGCGGCGAGAUGGAUGCGGUUCUUCAAAAGAUCGAUAGGGACGGGUUGAUGGCUCCCUUGCAAGUGAUACAGGCAUUCAGCAAUAAUUCUGUGGUCACUAUGGGUAUGAUCAAUAAGUAUCUCAGUGAUAAUAUCGAGAGGGAAAGAAAAGAGAUCUCCAAUGUUAGCCCUUCCCCCCUCUUUUCCUUCCUUAGAGAGUUUUCAGUACUAACUAGAUGCCUCGCAGAACCGCCGCUUGAUAGCCAGUUAUUCAAAAGAAACGGAAUCCAGAAAGCAGCAGAUGGAAGAGCUCGGUUCCAAACCGACUGUCUUUCAGUUGAUGAAGAUGCAGAAUGUCCCGUCUGCGCGCCGCAUAACUCAACUCUCAAGGCAAUACGUGAGAGACAGAUCAAAGCAGCUAGCCAGCAUGAGCUGUUCCACUCUGAAUUGCAGCGUAGUAAGGACCGGUUUGGGCUUAUCAGCGAGUUCUUUGGCAGAGGUGUGAUGACGCAGAACAAUACUGAGUAA